GCCAAGGUCCUACAUACAUCAGGGCAAACGAAUCAAUAACGAUAUUGCCUGAUGCUUAUGUUACAAUAAAAGAUGAAAGUUAUAGCAGCGAAGGAAACACAACUGAGAAUGAAUAUACAAUCCUCAGAACCACAAUGCAUCAAUUGUCUCCCACAAGCACAAGUACAGCAAAUAGAUCUAUUUUGGAUGGCAGCCCCUCUACAUGUGAAUUCAACCAGAAUGAGUCUACCAACACCAUUGCCAGACUGGUUGAUUCAACACCAACACAAUCUUCAAUUCAAAGGAUCUUAACAUGCCCACUUGUUAUGAAAAGUUUGGCAGUGAAGAAAUUGAAGAACAUGCAGAUGUUUGUGCUGAGUCAGCCUGGUCUGUUUCAGAACAACAAUAUGUAAGCCUAAUGUCCGAUAUUGUAAAUCUCGAUGACCAUGUUGACCAGGAACCUGUGGUUCCUGACAAUAUCAAGACCGAAUUGGCAGAUGUCACAAGAACCCUGCAGGAAAUCUUGGCCCUACGAUCAACCGAAUUAAUGUGCAAUGAAAGAGUGUGUUGGAUGAUUACAUACUUAAGCGUAUGA